GUCCUGGAAUUACAGCGCUGUGCAGUAUUUCAUCCUUACCCGACCAGCAGCUGAUUUUCCAGCUGGAAUGAUUAAUGGCUGCUUUCUGUGUUCAGGGACCAUGGCAGCCCAGGAAGCCACUCCACACAGCCAUUCCGAGGAGAAUAGUGUUUUGGACCUGCCAUCAGCUGCUGACAUAAGAGAUUACGUGCUGCAGAGGCGCGGUCAGGAGGCCACCAGUGGGACUUUUAGUUCUGUGGAAACCUUUUCUUUGCCUUGUUCUUCUGAUGUGGAGCCAGACAGUAGCAACCAAGAUGCCACGAAAAAUGAUUUCUGGAGCUCUGAGAACUUCUGGCUUAAUCCUUCGAUGGGCCAAGCCGAGACCAAGGCAGAGAAUGACAGUCUUCGGAAAUCUUUGGAUAGGUUCUAUGAAAUGUUUGGCCCUCCGCAGCCUGCCUCUGGAAACCGACUCUCUGCAGCUGUCUGCCAGCACCUGACGCAGAAAAUCCUCACUCUCAGUGACCAGGAAGGCCAGAAGUAUAACCUCCGAAGGUUCCAGCUGGCCCGGGCCAUCCUCAGCCAGGAUGGCUGCUCUGUCUUACAGAGACACUCCAGAGACACCCAUUUCUACCCACUGGGAGAGGGGAGUGUGUCUCUAGAUGUUGAAAAGCCCACCCCAGGACUCUCAAAAGAUAUUCUGCAUUUUCUCCUGAAGCAGGGUGUGAUGAAAGAUCCUUGAUGGUGUCGGGAGUGAGAGAAGCAGCCGGAGGGGAUGUGGGGUGACCUCAGGGCUUGGGCUGAUGGUAGGGUCCUGCCAGAGAUCCUGUGCUCACUUUCAACCCUGUGUCCAAUCCCAGUGGGCCCAGCACGAGUCACUUCAGCCACCACAGAGUGAGCACUGUUGGAGCUUCAUAGCACCCGCUUCCGGCUUCACAGCCCCAUCUCCCUCCCCAUCCUCCCCUCUCUGAUUGAAGGCUAGUGAUAGACUGGUUGGAGGGUCCAUUCCUCCCCUCUGGAUGAGUCAAGACAGGAAAUUGACAUGAAUUUGCACCCUGGCAUUGCCCUUGCCCUUUCCUUCUUCCCCCAUCAUUUACGGGGCUUUAUUAAAUUUCUCGCACCCACAUACUUGACUCCAAGUCUGCCACUGGGCUCAUCGAAGAGAGAACAGGCUUCCAGUUCCAUGAGUUUUCGGAAGCAUCCAAAACCAUGGUGCUGACUCAACUCUAAGAAUUGUAUCACAUUGUAAACUGCAACCAUGUGAUUGAAAACAUACAUCCCAAAAUAAUGGAAAGGAUUUGCAUCCAGACCCCAAAAGAACAUCGCAUCUUAAUUAUAUCCUUUCCUCUCUCCAACGCCAGAAUCCCGUUCUGUAAUACUAAUUGGAUGCAGCAGAAACAUUUGGACCAUCUAAAAUAGCAGCUACAAUACGCAAAUUAAAAAAUAAAGAAACCUCUCCCGUCAGAUUGCCAGUGUGAAAGGUGAGAAGAAAACAAACGUGUCCUCCUGCGGGGGACAGAGGGAGGCAGCACUCGGUUAGGCUGUGCCAGGCUG